AUGACCUGCAUGUACGAAAGAACCACAAGAAUUGAAAAGGAUGUUGGCGAAUAUGAGCAAAUCAGAUGCAGCGUGGUUAGAAAAUUUGAGGUUAAAACACGUGGAAUUGAAAUCGAUUCAGUGCCUGGAGUGGAUUUAUGGAAGUUCCCGUAUCCAUCAAACUUUUCAGAUGUUGGUGAACUUCACAUAUCAACACAUCAGGUGCUUUACAUACCAACAGGAAUUUCAAUCUUCUUUCCUAAUUUAAAAGACUUGUCAGUCAUUAAUUGUGGAUUGAAGGAACUUAAGCAAAAUGACAUGAAAUCAUUUCCAGAUUUGAAAUUCUUGUUGCUUUUUGGAAACGCUGUUGAAGUUUUAGAAAAAGAUUUAUUUAAAUUUAACCCCAAGUUGGUCAUCAUAGACAUGAAUAUGAACAAUCUGAAGCACAUCGAUGCACACGUCUUUGAUCAUCUAAAUGGACUUGGUUCAUUGAAUUUUGCUGGAAAUUUGUGCAUCACACUCAGCAUGACAGGACCUGAAGGUGUUAAAGAGGUCAUUGAUGAAAUUAGGAAGCGAUGUCAGAAUUUUGGGGCACUCGGCGGCAAGAAGAAAAUUGUGAUUGAAGGAAAGCAACGAGGAAAAUAUUUCUGGAUAUUUGUUGGAUGUGGAAUCAUUACUGGAAUAUUCUCAAUUUGUGCAUUUGCUAGAAUAGCUUUUGGGAUUGUUAAAGGCUGUGGUUCUCCUUGA